AGUAUGUCAUUGUUUUGGCUCAGUGACUGGACAAAGUGAGACAUUUGGAGCUUCAUAGUAGCUGCCUGAGAUCUGACAGCACUUGAUAUGGAAGUCAAGGACUGGAGGCAUCCUCUUGGUCGUAUUGACCCAACGGUGAGAAAUGUGAAACCACGAGUGCCAAUUUACUUGGCCACUCGUGGUCGUAUUGACCCAACGGUGAGAAAUGUGAAACCACAAGUGCCAAUCACUUGUGGUUGUGUUGGCGAAGAGGUGACAGCUGCGCCUGUACUCAAAGCUGCACAAGCUGCUUCAGAGCCAGUGCAGCGCCAGGGUGGAGAUCGCACGGCACUUCAGUCUGCCCUGUGCAAUACUCGGGUGAUUCGAACGGAGAAGAUCCGAAGCCCGGUGAAUGUGCGUCAAGCAGCAGACAAUCGAGAUGCUUUGGCCAAAGUAGUCUACGACAUUGUCUUCAACUACAUAGUGCAGAGUACAAGCAUGUCCAUUGGAUACGUCGAGGACAUGAAGCUCUUCGCCGGUGUGCUUGACAUUUUCGGUUUCGAGUGCUUCACUUUGAAGAAUUCCUUCAAGCAGCUUUGCAUCAACUUUACGAAUGAACGGCUGCAGCAGUUCUUGCAGUUCUUAAACUCCUUUGUUUUCAAGCUGGAGGAACAGCUCUACGAGCGUGAGGGCAUCGAAUGGAUUCAAUUGGAUUUUCCUGACAACCAGGAUGCUGUCGACAUGCUUCAGGGCAAGGUGCCGCAAGGUUUUACCCAGGAAAUGCCCCUGGACGAUGACUCGGACGAAGACCACCCCCCAUAUGCAGUUCUGGAUGAGCUGGAGAACUGGUAUGACGAUGGGCCAUUACUUCAGCUUUGUGAUCAAGGAGUUUACAUGCGGAGAACACUUGUGCUGGGAUUAUCCAGGCGCGAAAAAUAG